AAAGUUUUCAAAUAAAUUAAUUAAAAGAUAAAUUUUGUUAAGGUAUUUUUUUUCCAAAAAGUCAUCGUUCACAAAUUGAUAAUUCAACAAUAAUUGAUCAAAAUAUAAAUGUAAAACGAACAAGUUCACUUGUUUCAUUACAAAAUAAUGAAUUAAAUAAUUCAUCAUCUGAUAAAAUAACAAAUAUUAAUAUUUUAUCAUCAUCACCAAUAUUUCAAAAUUUACCUAAAAGACGAUUAAAAAUAAUGAAUCGUUUUCAACAACAAAAUACUAAAUCAUUAAAUAAAGUUGAAAUUGAUCAAAUAAAUAAUAUAUCACCAUCAAUAAUAACAAUACCAAAUUUAAUGGAAUUUACAAGACGUUUAAGUCGUUCAUCAUCAACUAAUGAUAAUGAUAUAACAAUAACAGAUACAAAAAUUGAUUCAAAUACAUU